AUGGCCUGGGCCGGGCUCCUGCACUGGGCAUGUAACCCGGGCCACAAACACCUGGUGUCUCUACUUUUGCAGAACAAUGCUGAUAUUAAUAGCCAGGAUGAUGAAGGACAGACCGCACUGCACUAUGCCUCAGCUUGUGAGUUUGCAGAAGUCGUUGAGUUACACCUGGAGGCUGGAGAUGACACGUCAAUCAAAGAUCAAGAAGAUUCCCUUCCAGAGGAGGUGACAGAGUCUAGCGCCAUCUCUUCUCUCCUGCGCCAGUACACUGCUCCUAAAGGCUAAAUCUCACUCUGUGAAAUCUUACUCCACAAAAUCAAACCAAACCCACACAAUCAGUUAAAAGUUCAUACAAACUGUGCUGCUCGUCCAAAUGGUACAUGCCUGAUGUCUUUGUCAUAUUUUGUCAUCUUGCAUCAAAAUCCAAAAACUGUUUGGUCUGUUUUCAACAACAUUGCUUGAUCUGUGCAUACUUCUCUCUUGAUUCAGACAACAAAAACAUUCACUGGAGAAAGCAAUAUUAUAGAUAGGAGACUUGUAUUUUUGCAGAAAGCAAAAGUAUGAAGAUA